AUGACUCGACCGGAGGCGCAGGUGAAGGACGCGACGAGCAUCCAGCGGGCUCUAAAGGAGCUUGGGAAGGCAGCCGACCUUGCCCGCGAGCGUGAGAAGAAGGUGGAUGUGACACCACGAUUCCAGAGUCUGUCCACCUCCAGUACGUCGAUCGAGUCGAUGUAUGUCAUGGACCCUGCAACAACACGUUGGGGUCCCGACCUCGUUCCGUCGACGGAGCUGAUACCAUGGCCAGCCAGCGUCCUCGAGUCGAUUCGACGCCAGCCGUCGACGACCGUUCCGAUGGGCCUCUUUCCUGAGAUUCAACAUGCAUGGGCCGUUGUCGACGCAACAUCGCUGAUGCUGUGGGAUUACAGGACGCCAUCGGCGGGGGUCGUGUUGUGCCCAGUGGUAUCAUCUCCCAUCGUCGCUGCGGGUCUCGUACUUCCGCUGCCAGGAACCCUCUUCAGCGAUCAGGUGCAGCAUCUCUUGGUUAUCUUGACCGAAUUGGACGUUCGUCUCUUCGCGCUCAUCGUCGACAAAGCCGCAACAACGGCGUCGACCCGUCCGUGGAAAGUUAUCGACACGCUCAUGACGGCGCCGCUCGCCAACACACAGCUGUGCACGUCCAUCGUGUGCACGCCAUCGCGCCGCAUCCUGCUCGGUGGGAUCGACGGCACUUUGUACGAGUACGUGUACAGCCCGAAUCUGCCGCCGACCGACAACCCUGUCAAGUUUCGGUGCGUCCAACCUGCUGUCACGUCGCCAUGGGCCGCGUACCUUCCCAAUGUCGUUCGCGAUUUGCUCUUUCCAUCACCCAACGCGGCGAUCGCCGCGCUUGUUGUGGACGCGCCGCGUCGAUUGCUCUAUGUCACAUACGUGCACUCGAAUGUCGUCAGCGUGUACGACAUUCGAUCCGACAUUGUGCUUGCGUCGUCUGUGAACCUCACGGACUUGGCGAGCCAAACACUCGGUAGCCACGUCGCGUUGGCGCCCUUGGCGGCCAUCGCCCCGAUUGACUCUUCAUCGAGUGUCCAAGCAGUUGCUCUAACCACGACAGGUCAACGACUCGCGCUCGCCUUUGACCAAAGCUACACAUUGAAGGCGCUGUACCUCCGUGCAGUGCCGCCGGCUCUCGCGCCUUCUUCCACGAUGCCCGGAGGGUUCUCUCACAUCGUGGCGCAACCAGGAGGCGUCACGCUGGUUGGCCAUGCCAGUGCCCACCAAUUCGUCUCGCUGGCGGCUACUGCUGCUGUCCCUCCGUCGACCCAAGUCGUGGAAACAGCCACCGUCUUGCCUGUCCUUGGCACACUGCAUUCGUUGGUGGCCAUUCCGUCUUCGACCCCGUCGCUCCCGCCAAGCUCGUCGUCAUCAUGUGGUGCAAAGCGGUCGGCCGAUGGUUCGGUCAAGGCGCCAUCGUCGCCACUUGACGUUCUGAAGAACCUGGGCACGUUUGGCACCCAAUUCUCGUCGACCCCGGCGCAAUUCCUGGCCCUGUCGUCCGAGGGAGUCCAAAUCUAUUCGCAAACGCGACUCGUUGACCAAGUCGACACCCUUCUCCGCCGAUCCGCGUCGCUGGCUCCGGUCGUCGAAUGGUACGGCGCGCCCCAAGUGGCGACGGUACUCUUUGGUCUGUCCCACAAUCCCGCGGCCGCCCACGCCGUCUGUGCUCUGGACGCUGCCGAUACCAGUCAAGGGCUCGUCCAGUACGUGGCGUACGUCCUGGCGCCGGUAUGGGCUGCCCCCCUUGCACAGGCCCCAUCGACGAAACCCCUGCAGUGGACGCUGGACAAACUGAACGCCCUCAAGCACGUGCUCGAGCAAGUCGUGCCGCUGGCUCUGGCGUUGCACACCGACAUGGACAUUUCCCUCCUUCAAUCCCACCAUGUGGUCAUUCGAGACAUCCAUCGGCUCGUCGGACGAUGUGGUGACGCGCUGUUUGGCUGGCUACAACUGUCGGCACUGUCCAAGAAGGAGUGGCCAAAGGAGGCUGGUAUUCCCUUCCACGACGUGGUGGGGACCGAGGCCGGUGCCGCGACGUUUCAGGCGCUCUUGAUCAAUCUGGCCAAGGAUUCGCCGACAGUCGUUCCGCGGCUCCUGGCGCACAGUUCGGCGUUCUUUUCGGUGUGGGAAGCGGCGCCAUACCAAGGCCUUCAAACGAUCGCCGCUGCCAAGGCGGCCGUGACAUUGAGUGGCCGGGACACACUCCUGCAGGAAUCGUUGACACAGCUGCGUCAAAACUGCGCGCAGUGGCCACCGACAAAACCGACGCUGCAAUUGCUCCGCCACAUUCUCAAAGAAUACGCCGCCGCGUCGUUCUACUAUGGCAUGGUCGAGAUAACCGUCGCGGUUGCGCGCGUGUUCACCGCGGCGACGACGACAACGACCGUGCCCGCAUCGGCAUGCUACGACACUCUCCUCACGUUUGUCGUGACGAGGGAGACUCAGGAAGCUGUGGCCAAGUACGCGUGCCAAGCGAACGACGGCGGCUUGUUGGAGGAAGCCGUGCUUCCGACGCUUCCUGACCUCUCUGUGCUGCAGAGCUGCCCGUGGACUCGCACGAUCCAAACAUUCUUGCAAACCAACCACCCCGACUGGUACCAACCUCCCCGAUCGAUAGGACGGAUGGAGAGUUCAUGGCGAUGCGCAGAGCUCAUGGCAUGUGUACGCAGGUUUGUGCGGCUAAGCAUUCACCACCACAACGAAGAAGCUGCAGCCGAGUACCUGUGGACGGAAGCGCAUCGAAUCCCGUCCAGUCGAACGAUUGGCGAACGCGCCGCACUCCUCGCCCGGGCACUUACGUGUGUGCAAGCGACCGGGAACGCCCAGCACAUUGCAGAUGUCCAAGAUGCCCUCGAUGUGUUUCAAAUGCAGACACGGGUAUACGAGACGUUGCGGCACCAAAAAGUGCCGUCGGGGGUUUUGACUACGCUCCAGUCGACCAUCUUGAACAUGUCGACGCUCUUCAACGAGUACGCAAUGGAGUAUGGCCUCCACACCGAGUGCCUUCGCAUUCUCCACGCGUGUCGAACGAAUGAGCCGUUGCUCAUUGCGUCGCUGUGGAAGCAACUCAUCUUUGGCUUCAUACCGCCAUGCUCGUCGCCGACCUCGCCCGAGAUCGUGGCGAGUUGGAUCCAAGGUCAACAUGCGUCCGUGGGCCAGGACCCGUCGUCGACGGUCGGGUCCUUCGAAGACAUGGCAUGGGUCGCACCGUUGCGAUCGUACGUGCUCCAGAUGGGCGCGUCGCUCCUGCACUCUGGCGCAGACUACGUGUUUCCUGUCCAAGAUCUCGUGGAAUCCCUCGAAUUGGUGCACUUUUACGCCCGGCAAGUGGACGACUCGAUCGACUCGACGUGGGUCGCCAAGAUUUUUCUCGAUUUGAAGUGUGUGCCGCCGCCUCUGCUCGUGGGAAUUUACGCGCAUUUGAAGCACCAACACGCGUCGACAUCGUCGCCGACAGAAACCUUGCUGGAACUGCACUGGAUGCUCGGCAUGCAUGCCAUUGUGGCUGCGGCCACCGACCGCCGCCCGUUCAUGCCGCUCAUGCACGAGCAGAUUGCGAUCCUGGAGCGCCACCCCGAUGCCUGCGUGUGUUUUUUGUAG